CUUUUAUCUCAAGAUCAUAAUUUACCUUUAAAGACCCUUUGAUUCCCGUGAUUAUAACUAUUUUUUCUCUCUUUACAUUCAUCAAAAUUGGAACUUUGUUAAGGAAACGAGUUUUUGCAAACCCAUCUGUCAAGAUUGGUAAUUUCAGGAAAUUUCUGCGUUUUGAUUUUUUAAGGGACAUGAAGUGUUUCCAAUUCGGUAAUAGAGACAAGAGAGAUGAACCCAUCUCUCCAAGGACCCCAAAGUCAGUAGUUUCAAUGCGGUCCUUGGAUUUUGCAUUUACUGAUAAUGGGGCUGAGUUAAAUUCACAAAAUGUAUCAGCCAUCAGCACUGAGUCCACAAGAAGGCCCUCCUUUCCGACGUCUCAGAAACCCAGUAAUCUUCAAGUGUUCACCAUAGCUGAGCUGAAGUCAGCCACUAAGAAUUUUAGUCGCUCUGUUAUGGUUGGCGAAGGUGGGUUCGGUUGCGUUUAUAAAGGGUUGAUCAAGAAUUCGGAGGAUCCAUCUCAAAGAAUUGAAGUUGCAGUGAAACAGCUUGGAAGAAGAGGGACGCAGGGACACAAGGAAUGGGUGACAGAGGUGAAUUUUCUAGGGGUUGUCGAGCAUCCAAACCUUGUAAAAUUGGUGGGAUAUUGUGCUGAGGACGAUGAAAGGGGAGCCCAGCGGCUUCUAGUGUAUGAAUUUAUGCCUAAUGGAAGUGUGGAUCAGCAUUUAUCCCCUCGAUCAGAGACAACUCUUCCAUGGGCCAUGAGAUUGAAAAUUGCCCAAGAUGCUGCUCGUGGUUUAAAAUAUCUACAUGAAGAAAUGGAUUUUCAGAUCAUUGUCAGAGAUUUCAAAUCUUCAAAUAUCCUUCUUGACGAGAAUUGGAAUGCAAAACUAUCAGAUUUUGGAAUGGCAAGAUUAGGUCCUUCAGAAGGAUUCACCCAUGUUUCGACAGCGGUUGUAGGAACCUUGGGAUAUGCAGCUCCUGAAUAUGUCCAAACUGGUCGUCUGGCGGCCAGGAGUGACGUAUGGAGCUAUGGCGUCUUCCUUUACGAACUAAUCACAGGAAGGCGUCCCGUAGAUCGAAACCGUCCCAAGAGUGAGCAGAAACUAUUGGAAUGGGUAAAGCCAUACUUAUCUGACGCCAAAAAAUUUCGACAAAUAUUGGACCCCAGGCUUGAAGGUAAAUACUCACUCAGGUCAGUCCACAAACUUGCAACUAUAGCCAACCGAUGCUUGGUCAGAAACCCAAAGGCACGCCCAAAGAUGAGUGAGGUAUUGGAACUGGUGACUAAAAUUAUCGAGGGACCAACAGAAACUGGUAGUCCUCAAUUACCCUUGAGGAAUUCGACAUCUAUGGAAACUUCCCGCGACUCUAAAACAAAAAAUAAGAGAGCCAAAAUGGAAUCAAGAACUGGGGAAUGUAAUUGUUUGACUCAGAAAUGGAGACCGAAACUCGUAAGGACUUGCUGAAUGCAAGAGCUUUGAUGUGCUAAAUGCAGAUGAACUUUUGAAGAACUAAAAAGAAGAGAAUAGAGAAAUUAUAAACUUGGAUUCCUCUUGAUGAUUAGUCCAGAGAGUGUAAAAAACAAUUCUUGUAAGGAGAUGCAAAAUGCAGUGAGUUUUGGUGAAGCCUGUAGUAAAUAGUAAUACAAAAGAUUCUUCGCUGAAUCAGUGUAAUAGUUAUUUGUGAAAAUUCUGUAUUGUUGUUGUCUGUAGAAUUUGAAUAAUUUCAUCAAAAAAGAAAAAAUAAAUGGAGUUAUGUAGUAAGCUAAGUUUACAUCUUCUUCAUCUAUAGAGCACUGUAAUUUCUGCUGAUCUCAUGUAAUUUCUUCAUCUACAGAAUCACCUCUAAGGUUUAUUUUA